UUUUUGUACGACUGAUGAUGCUUGGUAAUUUGUGAAGCGUAGAAAAGCUUUAAUGGGCUGGAAUAAUGGCACGCUAAAGCAACUUUCAUUUUUAAUGAUUUUGAUGGUUUUGAUUAGUGUUUUGAGGACAACAAAGUGGAAAGGAUGUAGCUUCAUCAGUUUAAUAGUAACCGAGGAAGUUUGUUCAUUCAACUGCGGAAUCUCUUAGGCUAUUUACUCUCGUAUUUGUUAGUGUAGGUCUUAUUUAGGCGAUGUGGAAUGACCCUUGUAAUUCCCAUGACAAAUUUGUGGUCGUUUACGAUGGAAGAUCAGUGUUUGGACGAAGACGAAACAUUCCUGUCUGAAGAAUGGGAAACUCAAUCCGAAGAACUUAAUUUUCUUUGUACGAACCCAGGGGAGAAAGAUAUAUAUCGGAUCAAAGAGAGAGGAAUCAAAAGGAAAGAGUCUAGCAAAGUUGUCGUAGAAAGCGAAAGCUCUGUUGUAUCACUUGUUGAUCAACGUCGCUUUAUAUUACAAGUCACUUUUGAAAAGUUGCGUCGAUUGGAAGAUCCUGAAGCUUGUCUCAGGCGUACAGUUUUAAUAAACAAUACCUUGAAGAUGCUUCACAAGCAGAUCUACGCAGAAGAAAACCCGUUUGUUUGCGGCAGUGUAAUAACUCUACAGCCACCGGAGGCGACCACGAGAGAGGAUUCUUCGCCGCCACAUCCUAAAGUGAUAAGAUUAAGUUUUGACAACAACGUGGCGACGGGUGAUUCCAGGACAAAUUGUGUUGAAAACUCUUCAUCGUUAAUGGCCAAUGACAACUUGCGUGGUAGUUGUACAAUUUCUGAAUCUUUCCCGGAGGACGUAGACGACGAUGUGUUCGAAGAUGCCGAAGAAAUUGCUUGCGAUAGGGAAUCCUUGUUCGGCGAACUGGACAGUGUUUUUCAUAGCUACAUAUGUGCCUUGGAGACGUGAGUCUGAAAUUUUUAGAUACUUUUGGAAAUCGCAAAUGUUUGUAAAACUUUUGUUUAUUGCACCUUGGAGUUAUUUUAAUUUAUAGAACCUCCAAGGUCAACAUAUAUUUAUAUUAUACGUAUUGUACAAAGAGCAGAUUAUGUCGAUGAGUACAUAAGAUAUCGCAGAUUGUCGAUCGAAUAAGGAGAUAUUUUAUGUAUAAAUGGAAAAUUAACUUAAUCAAAUCAGCCAUUAGUAAGUUAUGAAGCCACAGUGAAUAUUUGUGCCGAACGUUUUGUACAAAAUCACAAUUUGUAUACCCUUGUAACAUAGAGAUCUGGUUUAAACGUAGUUCUAUGUGUUGAUGUUAUGACACACGCGAUAUAUCAAAAGAUUUAACCUUUAAUUUGGUAAUGAACAACGCACUUAACUUCGGAAGGAGGUUUAUCUGUGAAACUAGAAAGGAAAUCAAUGUUUUUUCUCUCGCUAUGUUUAAACUAAAACAUGGAAAGGUGACAUUUUUCUGCGUGGACAUAGCUGCUGCAUUUAAUUCCUGUAUGUGAGGUCACAACCUUCAUGGAGUUUUAAACUACGCCAAAAAUGUAAAUUGAAAAAAGAUCACGACUUCAAACCCAACAAUUCAUUCUCAUUUAUUCAGUAAUGGCUCAGUAAUAUUUUAUCGAUUGAGGGUUAAAUUUUUUUGUUGCAUUGCAAUCAACGGCUGCAUGUGCACUUGUUCUUACAUUUGUUUCAAUUCAAGAACACAAUCUUGAUAUGUAGCGUUAUAUUUACUACUAGAUGACCGUUUUACAUGUCUGUAGACACUGGCACUACUGGAAAACAGGAUACACUCCUGUAUACAGGUCGUUUCCUUUACCUUAUAAUACCAAAUUAGGCUACACACACAUGUAGCUAUGGACAGAGUCUUCUCUGCAGUGAUAAAAUCCACACUCGAUUUUACAUCACACCUAAAAUGUCUAGACUUUUUCGGAGGAAUUGUUACUGAAAGUGGCUUUAUUUAUCACGACAUUGUUUCCUUGGAAUGAUAUCAAUAGCAGUGUUAUUAUGUUUGUUUCUUCUGUCACAUGUGGUUUAAAAACUCAUCUGAAUAUAUUGACACUUAGUCUCAUAAUUUGCUCAGAACUUUCAGAUGUAAAAUUGAAGACAUGCUGAGUACAUACCUCAUCCAAAGCUUAAUAUUGCUAUUUUUGUGAAUAUUAACUGUGAAACUUAAGAUAGCAAUACAAUUGGACAUCUAAAAUUGAACUAAUGAUGAUGUAUAAAAACAACAUCUUUGAAUGCCAAUAUAUAAAUAUACACCUGUUUUCAAAACUAGUGUAAUUUGAAAAUAUACACAACAAAUAUACCUUUUGUUUUCUUCAUACCUUUUUGAUGAGGAAAUAAAAGGUGUUUAUAUUUCUUACAUUUUUUCAAAUUCCAACAUUCUUGAAAAUGGGUGUAUAGCUAUUUAGUAGUAAAUGUGUGAGACAGUGUUGUGGUAUCUGAUAAAAUGGAAGGGUGUUUUUACUUGGUUUUUAUUGGUCUGAUGGUUGAAAAUUAUGGAUUUAAUUUUUGGUCAAAGAACAAAUACAUGCUUUACUUGGAAAGACAAACUUGAGGUAGCAAUAUGGUUACGUGGACCUCAAUCAAAACAAUUCUUUUUUUUUUUUUUUUUGUUUAAGUUUCCAAAUUGGUUGUAAGAACUGUUUACAACAACUUUAACUACUACACUCUCUAGGUUUGCUGUCAUACAGCAAUGAAUUGCAACAUACAGGAUAACCAAAUUUGAGAUUACCCUAUAGAAGUGUAUUUAAGAGUCAGAGGAAAAAUGGCUAUUAUAUCUUGUAGAGUUACUGAAAGAGGUAAUAUAAAAGUGCAUAGCAUCUUAGUGUGACUGAAAGGUGUACAUUUACAUUUGUAUACAUGUUUUGUGUAUUGUAGAGUUCUGAACUUUCAAAGUGUAUUGUUUGACACAAAGUAUUUGUUAGGGCUGGUUUAUGGGAAUCUAACAACUUAAUUGAUCAUAUUUAGAUGCAUUUAAUAUAGUAAUUUAUAAUCAUGUUUAGAUCCUCCUAAAAAGCUAAGUUAUGAGUGAUAUAUCUGUCACAUUGCAAUGCAAGUGAAAGAUAGAGAAAUGUAUAAGAAAUAUCAGAGCAGCAUUUAGCUAACUUAAUUAUUUUCUUGUUUGAUAUUAUCAGUGGUGAAUUGUUGGGAAAAACUCUUUAUUUUAAAAAAAUAUAUAUUUAUUCCCAUGUAACAUGUUUCAGAGUUUGUUUUAUGCUAAAGAAAACAUUUUUUCUAUAUACUUCACUUCCUAUACAUGGUGUAAGUGCAAAAUAGACCAUAGGAUUGUUGGGAAAGUAUAAUUAAGUGCAUAGUUUCUGGGGUGGAAAAACAUGAGAUCCAACAUUUUUUUAACAACAGAUUCUGUUGUUUUACAAUACUUAAACAAUUUUUCUAGGAAAGGACCAUGGAAAUAAUUGUCUUUUUUUUUUGGCUGAGAGUUAAAAUCACAGCUUCCUAUUUUGGUUAGUAGCGGUAUGUUAUAAUGUUGCUGAAAAAGUUUUGGGCAAAAAUAUUGUCUUCCUUGUACUUGAAACAUUAUGUUUCUUUACUUUAGUUUGGAGAAAUUUUAUUUUCAUUGAAAAGUGUGUCUAUAAAAAAAGUUUUGUGAUUUUUGGCUUUAAUGCUGGAGUACUUAAGUUUUGGUCCAUCUAAUACCAUAUUGCCCUUUAAGAAUAAUUUAUCUAUUCCUUUUUUUAUCACGUGAGAGUUGUACAGGUUAAGGUACAUUUUGCAGACUGUUUAAUUUCCCUCAGUCAUUUUUUAGAUCUCUUGAGAAUUAAUAACAAAUGAUAACUCUGAGGACACAAAAGGUGAUAUUCCUCGAAUUCAACAGUUGAAUUUCAAUCUAUAUUUUCUGUUUCAUCAUGUAGCCUCAACCUCUGUGUUCUCAUUUUAUUAAUAGAAUUGAAUGAAAGUCAGAAAAUUUAGUUCACUCAGUACUAUAUUAUUUUGUUAAAUUUCUACCUCCACAGUAUUAAUCAUUACAUAAAUUUUAUAUUCUGAUAAUUUAAUUACCAGCAUAUUCUCAUUACUAAAUUUGUCAGUGUUUAAUUAAAGUGCUUCCAUGUAAGUUCAUUUUUGAUGAUGUGUAAGGUGCUAGAUGGUUCAGCUCUUUGUAUAUUAAACUAUUUUAAACAUUUCUACCCCUUCAUACAUAAAUUUUUUCAUUAAAAAAUCUACCUUAUGAAAACUGUGAAUUCAAUAAAACAUCACAUUUCAUAAGAGGAUAUUUUUAUUGUGUUCACUUUAGAGGUAACCUUGGUAUGAAUAUGUUAUGUUCCAUGCAGAACAAAAAGAUACACGUAUGUAGAUGUAUUUCAACCAGGAGCCCUUUUGAUUGGGCAAUUGAGAUUUUUCAAACCGAACCCUGUUACUCACCACCACAAACAAGAACAGACUAUGUAAAAUACCUGAUGAGGACUUUGGGAAUGAAAUAGUGAACACUAGCCCAAGCAUGGGAAAUUGUAAGUGGCCAAGUCAUGAUUGUUUUCAAUUUAGCAACCAGCUGGUUCAAAAGAUGAAAUGUUUAGAUUAAUUACAGGAAACUAACAUUCACCCUUUAACCCCUUAGAGUGAUUAGCAUCUAAUUUCUCCUUACACUAUCACCUCUGAAUUAAACAUUCAGGUAAUGAGAAUAAAGGAAAUGGUCACCAACUAGAAAAGCUCUGGAUUUUAAAGCAAAUUCUCAUCAGCACCCUA